AUGGAAUCUCAGGAUGGUUCCAAUGCAGCCACGUCCAUCACCGAGGACGGCACGCCUGGAUGCUAUACUUUGAGAGAGAUUAUUCGGGACGUGCCACUAUCCACCGACGAGAAUGGCGUGCAAGCAUAUAUUACGUGUGUCGACGCAUGGAAUGCCAAUUUAUAUAUCGGCACAUCUUCUGGAGAAGUGCUGCACUAUGUCUCCAUACCCCCCGACCCGAGCGAUGAGAGUGGUCAGCCAGUAUACAUCUUCGCGACUAGAAUCGAGCCAGGAUAUACGGCCCUGCAGACCGGAGCGGACAAAGGAGUGAAACAGAUACUGCUGUUACCAAGUGCUGGGAAGGCUUGUAUCGUGUGCAAUUCCACGCUCACAUUCUACACACUGCCCGAGCUGAGUCCAGCCUGGGCUGCAAAAUACACUCAGAAUGGCUGCCUGUGGGUCGGCGGCUUAGAUCGCAAUGGAUCAGAAGAAGAGAGCGGGCAGAAACACAACGGACCUAUAGCAGUCAUUUGUCUGCGAUCAAAGAUACGCUUGAUACGCAUUGGAGACGAUCCACGGAGAAUCAGAGACAUUGAGCUUGGGGGUGUUGGCGCACUGGAGAGGAGAAGCGAUGUCGCUUGCGUUGCAGAUGGAGAAUCGUACUCACUUUUGGAUGUUGUCAAUCAACGGAAAAAUACCUUAUUCCCCAUAUCUUCCUUGAGUAUUCCGAGCCCAGUUCCGACGCAGCAGGAGACUCUUGCUCCGCUACCUCAGCAGCGACGCCCCCCAUCACGAAGCUUCUCCUCUCGGAGUCCAGCAAGGGAAGGACGGUCGCAUCAGAGGAUUGUCAGCCUAGGAGGACAGCCACAGGGCAAUGAUCGUCUUCGACCCGAUGGCAACUCGCCCUGGCCUGCAAGGAAAUCAUCGAGGCUGGAGGCUGAAUCUCCUGCCCCGCCAUCCAGCAGAGAAGAAAGUCCCAAGAAGACAGAGAAUGCGCCUGAAGCGCCGUCAACAGAACCCACCGAGCCAGCGACAGCCGAACCAAAAGUGGUACCAGAAGCUCCGCUGAGAGCGAACAUCGUCACACCUACGCCAAAUGAGUUCUUGCUCACCACAGGCACCAAAAGGAGCGAUCCCGGCGUUGGCUUAUUUGUCAAUCUUGAUGGCGACGUAGUUCGGGGCACCAUGGAAUUUGCAAGCUAUCCCCAGUCUCUUGUUCUAGACGAUGGCGAUAAUGCUUCCCUGCCGUCAAAUGAAGCGGCUGAAGGAUGGGUCCUGGCAAUGGUUCAACAGAAGGUCAUUGACAAGCGCCGAAGGUGUAUCGAAAUUCAAAGAUGGGAUGUAGAUCCCGGAGAGGCACACAGACGCAAAGAAAUCCUUGCUCUGGGAGACAUUGAAGAGACUCUCGAUGCUGAAGCUGCAUUUUUUGGAUAUGGACUUCGCAAUGCGAGACAGUCUUCCGAGCUUGCUGUCACGGGAAUCAGUACCAGUCUCCGUCUAAGGCGAUUGAAGGUCAAAGACGCAAUCGACUCAGAAGCUGACCAGAGGCGUACGGCAGAGGAAGACAAGCUUGCCUCGCGCUUCUCUCAAGUCAGGGUCAAUGUACUGACAUAUGCUGUCGAUCGUGUAUCAUGGCUUGUGCGAGAACCAAUGUUACUGCAGCUGGACAAGCAGCUCAACCUUGCUCUGGCGAAAGCCACAGACGACGUUCUAGCUAUUGAUGUGCCGGUGGUGCAGCGCGUAGUAAAUGGAGUCCGUGGCCAAGAACCGCGAGAUGAACUGGAAUUCGUCACACUCACAUACAUUCGGCAGAAAGCAGCGCUGCUUCUGUUUGGGAACCUCAUCCUUCAGACCGCAGGCGGUGUAAUCUCAUAUGAACAUGAUAAGCGACGGACUGAAGAUGCCUUGACCGCCGGCGAAAUUGACCCAAGGAUCGUAUUGACACUGGUUCCACCUUUCGAUGAGGAAAUUUCGGAAGGACCCGGCAUUUGGAUGCCUCAAGGUCUGCGUGAUACUGUGGACUGGCUCAAAAAUGGUAUCGACUUUUCCAGGAUAGACCGGAAUACCAAAGGUCCUUUCGGCGAGAAUAUACUCAGCCUCAUCAAGCGCUUUCUGAUGACAUGGCGUAAGAAGAAGGGCUUCGGAAGUGUUGCCGACGAGGCGAAUGUCUUCCAGACCGUCGACGCUGCAUUGAUCCGUGUCCUGCUCUUGCUCGACCAGAACACGCCACGAGGACCAGCAUCAGCAGGCUCUACUCGCGCUGAGCUCAACGAUGUUGUAGACCGCGGAGUUGACUGCUUCGAUCGGGCGAUCAACCUUUUCGAGGAGCACCAUAGACUGUACGUUCUGAGUCGCCUCUAUCAGAGCAAGAAGAAUGUCUCGAAAGUGCUUGCCACCUGGAGGCGUAUCCUAGAUGGCGAGAAAGAUGCUGGAGGCGAAUUGAUUGAGGGUGAGCAUGAGAUGCGAAAAUAUCUCUCCAAAAUUCGAGAUGCAGGCCUUGUUCAAGAAUACGCUGCCUGGCUAGCAAAUCGGAACCCGAAACUUGGCGUUCAGAUAUUCGCCGAUGACAGCAGCAGAGUCACAUUCGAGCCCUCACAAGCAGUGGCGAUCCUCAGAGAGAAGGCGCCGGGCGCUGUGAAGGACUAUCUCGAGCACCUGGUGUUCGGGAAGAAUCACGUCCAGUAUGUGAAUGAUCUCAUCGCAUUCUACCUGGAUACCGUUCUACACCAGCUUGAGAACAGCAAGGAAGCUAGACAGACGCUGCUCGAAUCAUACGAGAUCUAUCGGGCACAGUAUCCUCCGAAGCCCACCUACUCACAAUUCAUCACCGACAACGCAGUCGAAGCAGAAUGGUGGCACAACCGCUUGCGACUUCUACAGCUCAUUGGUGGCAGUCACGGCGCAGCAUCCAAGUACGAUGUCCAUGCUCUGGGAGAACGACUCGCACCAUACAGCAACGAACUCGUGCCUGAAAUGAUCAUUUUGAAUGGCCGCGAAGGCAAGCAUGAAGAGGCAUUGCGGCUCCUGACACACGGCCUCGGCGAUUACGACACUGCCAUACAUUACUGCCUUCGAGGCGGCUCCAGUAUCUUCCACCCAUCGGUUGGUCUCGGUGUAGACCAAGAGCUGCCGUCUCACGAAGAACAGUCCACGCUUUUCAACCACCUUCUGUACGAGUUCUUCAACAUCGAAGACCCGAAUGAGCGUCUCGAGCGCACAGCGGAAUUGCUCGAGAGGUACAGUGGAUGGUUUGAUCUUCUUGCAGUCUUGGAUCUUGUGCCCGAUGACUGGUCAGUGGAGCUGGUCAGCGGGUUUUUGGUGCAUGCUUUCAGAAGACUCGUGAGAGAGAAGAACGAAACAGUAAUUGUGAAGGCGCUGUGUGGUGCGCAGAACUUGCAGAAGAAUGUGCAAGCUAUCGAGAAGAUUCAGGGACUUGGGCCAGUAAUUCAAGUGGAUGAUAUGACUGAUGCUGCGGCGGUAGGCUGA